CGGCGUCUAGCGUCACAUGAGUCCGUCCAUACGAGUCCUGAAGCGGCGGAAGAGGCAUGAUUUUCCAAGCACAGCCUGCUCUUUCACCGCCUAUAUCCAGACGUACACAGAACUAGCGAAUGUACGACCAAAUAUAGCCGUUUUUCAUCAUUUCCAAACGCGCUGCGCUCGCUUUCCGCGACGUAAACUUAUCUGUUAGCUUUAGCCUGCUAGCUUGUCUGAGAGAUUCUGCAAGUAUGAUCAGCCUGGCGGUGGAUUAGUCGCUGAAACUGGCCUAUUUCGACAGAAGAUUCAUUUCUCGUGUGUGGAAACCGCAAUGUCACAUGUUGUUGUAAAGAUAGCCUGUUGUUUUUGUAUUUCCGAAAGCAGAACUGUCUGAAGUUGACGUAGGAUUUGAGGUAGAAAAUCCAUAGACCAUAGCCUGAAGAUCAGCCCAGGGAGAACAGACUAAAGCCUUUCUGCCUUCAAACUGAUCAAGUUUAGCCCGAACAAAGAGGACAUCCACACAAAUCCCGUUUACUUCAUCUGCGGAGAGAGAAUAAAGCACAAACACAGGCUGAUAUGAUGUUUCCACAAGCCAGGCACUCGGCUUCGUCUCAAUCGACACAGCCGCUGAAAUUCACCACGUCGGACUCAUGCGAUCGCAUCAAGGAUGAGUUUCAGUUCCUGCAGGCACAAUAUCACAGCCUGAAGUUGGAAUGUGAUAAACUGGCGAGUGAGAAAUCAGAAAUGCAGCGUCAUUACAUAAUGUAUUAUGAGAUGUCGUAUGGACUCAACAUCGAAAUGCACAAACAGGCGGAGAUUGUGAAGAGAUUGAACGGGAUCUGUGCUCAGGUGUUGCCGUACCUGUCUCAAGAGCACCAGCAGCAGGUUCUGGGCGCGAUUGAACGAGCCAAACAGGUCACCCCUCCUGAGAUGAACUCCAUUAUCCGGCAGCAGCUUCAGGUUCACCAGCUCUCUCAGCUCCAGGGUUUGGCUUUACCCAUGACUCCUCUGCCCUUGGGCUUGACCCCGCCGACCCUGCCCGCCGUCACCUCCAGCUCGGGCCUGCUGUCGCUGUCCAGCAUCCUGGCCUCCCACGCACACCUCGCCAAAGAGGACAAGAGCUCCCGCGACGCUGCCGACGGCCACCGUGACGAGGACGCAGACAAAUCCGACUAGCCUUCACACAGACGGUUCGAGUCUGAUUCUUGAGUUCUGUGAAGGGGGACGGAGUGCAGAGAGAGAGAGAGCUUUUCCUCUUCAUGUCUGUCUCAUUGGGUCUGAUUCAGUCUGUCUUUCUGCUACUACAGCCAAUCUUUCCUGCGUAACACUGUUUGAUUCUUUUGCUUUUUAUUAGUGGGCCUGCUAAAACCUCUGUUACUAUUGCUUAUACUUGGGGGUUAGUGAUCAGAGCAUAUCUCAAACCCAGAGUAUUGAACUUCAGCAUGUAACAUACCUCAAAUCAUGUGUGUAUUAUUACUUAAGUAAAUUAAAUUUAGAUUUGUUUUUGACAGACAAUGAAACUGAUAAUAAUGGGCUAGUAGCUCAAGAUGGCGGCGGUGAGCUUCCGUGAUGCAAGUGUGUGCGUGUUCACUUCCAGUCGCAUAGAACUAUAAAGGAAGAGGUGCAGAUUUAGCUUUUUACUUACUAAAAAGAUGCAUGUUUAGAAUAAAAAACAAAGUAGUUUAUCAGGGACAGGAGAGGACGUCCUCACUACAUUGCUGCAUGCACAACUCUGCUUUCAUUCGUUCUAUGUUAAUGCUGAAGUUCAUGUUCAGUAGCUACUCAAAUUCCAUUGAGAUCAUGUCUUCAGUUCACAAACGCUACCAGUGUGUAGUGUCCAUCCUAAAGAUAAUUUUGUUUUGACACCUUGUGAACUGAGAAAGCUUAGAAAAGGAGGUGUUCCCUGUCUUUUUGUGUGGAACAACUGUACUCUUCCCACAUCAAGAGCUUGGCAUCAUCAACCUAGAUCAGGGGUGUCCAAACUUGGUCCUGGAGGGCCGGUGUCCUGCACGUUUUAGCUCAUUCUUGCAGGUGUGUUGAAGCAAGUUGGUUUCCAGAAAGCCUAGUAAGAGCUUGAUUAGCUAGGCCAGCUGUGUCUGAUUAGGGCUGGAACUAAACUUUGCAGGACACCGGCCCUCCAGGACCGAGUGUGGACAUCCCUGACCUAGAUGAUCCGUCACAGUGACUGUGACCUCCGUCUGACUGUGAGAUGAGCGAACCACAAACGGCACGUGAGGAUGUUUAUAUAUCAUGACUACAUGUCCAUGUACAGUUGAAGUCAGAAUUAUUAGCCCCCCUGUUUAUUUUAUUUCCCCAAAUUCUGUUUAACGGAGAGCAGAUUUUUAAAGUGGGUAAUAACUUUAUCCUUAAAAUGUUUUUUGAAAAAUUAAGAACUGCUUUUAUUCUAGCUGAAAUAAAACAAAAAAGAUUUCCUCCGUAAGAAAAAAUAUUAUCAGACCUACUGUGAAAAUUUCCUUGCUCUGUUAAACAUCAUUUGGGAAAUAUUUAAUAAAGGAAAGAAAAAUCAAGGGGGGGGGUGAAUAAAUCUGACUUUAACUGUAUAUAAGGGUAAAUAUAUAGUUUGUAAACACACUAAAGACUGUGCAUUGUAUUUUAUUAAUAGGAUAUACAUUCCAGACUCGGCUGAUAUUGAGAGAUUGCCUAAUUGUGUGUUAUGCAGGAGGGAAAUAAAAUCACCUCAGCAUGACCAUAUUUGUUUUCUUCUUUUUAAUUAUUAAAAAUAUUAACUAUAAACGCAGAGAAACGGCCGCUACAAAAAAGACAUGAUCCCAACAGAAUUUGAGUAGCCACUGAACACGAACUUCAGCAUCAACAGGGAAAGAAUGAAAGCAAAGUAGAGCACUGAGGCAUGCAGCGACGUAAUUAGGAUAUCCUCUCAUGUCACUGAUAAACUACUUGGUGUUUCAUUUUAAACAUGCUUAUUUUUGGUAAUGAAAAAGCGAAAUCUUCACCUCUUCCUUUAUAGUUCUAUGCGACUGGAAGUGAACACGCACACACUUGCAUCAUGGAAGCUCAACAGCGCGAUCUUAUGCAACUUAGCCCAUUGAUUAGACUGAGGGACCAUGGUGUCCUGCAGAUUUCGAUAAUACACUUUGUUACUCAGAAUGCCCAGAAAUUGCUUUAGCAACCUAGCAACACCUUAGCAAUUGCAUAAAUGCUCCUGCAACCAGUCCAGAAUUUCAUAGCGUUUGAAUAGUAAAGCACUCAGCUUGAGCAACACGUUUUUUUUUUGACAGACAAUAAAACUGAUGCUAAUUGAUUAGACUGAGGCCCCGUUUACACCAAUACGUUUUCGAAUUAAAACGCAUAAGUUUUGCUACGGUUACACAAUCUGUCCACACUACCCCGGAAUUUUUGAGCACCGAAAACAGCAUUUUGGUAACGCUGAAGAGGCCGUUUUCAUUUUGAAACACUGCUGCUGAGUGUCUGUAGAUGGGGGGAAAACGGAGGCGGGGCUGCAGACGUUCGCCUAUCUGAUUGGGCCUUUUUCCUCAAUAAUAAGUACACAAAGUUCAGUCUUGCAUCCCUUACUUGUAAGUUCAGACCAGUGUUGCCAGAUUGGGUGGUUUCCUACCCAAUUGGGUGGUUUUGAAUUUGGGUGGUUUUUAAACGUAAAUUUUAUAUGCAAUUUAUUUAACAAAACACACCUGUGAGGUGAAGGAAAGUUGCAUCAAAAUCUCCCCGGACAAAUCUGACUCUUUUUCACGUGCACUGGCAUCACGCAGAGCCUGCAGUUAAACUCACAGCGGUUUUAUCAUGACUUUUUUAUCCAUCAUUUUUUUCUGCAAUUGACAGCAAGAACAAACAUAGAAGCGUUGUCUGAUUGACAGGCAGCAGCUAAUUAUGUUCAAAAGAAUUUAAAACUCCAAAUGGGACAAACGUAUACCCCGUUUCGAAAGUAAAACAUACUCUAAUAGGUAAGGGCAGUGUGUGGAGGAGAGGGGGCAGUGUUUCGAUGUGAUCCGGUUAUGUUGGGGUUCUGAGACUGCUGGUGAUGGUUGCGGUAUGGUUUAAAAAGUAUAUAGCAAUUAAAGUAACUAGGUUAAUUUCGAUUUAAAUAAAUAAAAAAUUUUCCCAGAGUUGGGUUGCAGCUGGAAGGGCAUCCGCUGUGUAAAACAAAUGCUGGAUAAGUUGGUGGUUCAUUCCGCUGUGGCGACCCCUGAUUAAUAAAGGGACUAAGCUGAAAAUAAAAUAAAUGAAUAAAUUUAAAUUAAAUAUUAAUCUAAUAUUUUGCACGUUUUGUUUUGUUUUUGUGCAUUUGGGUGGGUUUUGGACCACUUUUGGGCUGGAAAAAAUCAGCUAUAUCUGGCAACAUUGGUUCAGACUUCGCAAGUUUGAUAUAAAAAACUCCCGAGAACAUGUCGGGUCAAUCUUCAAAGGGAAACGUGUACUUUGUAACCUUAUUCACAUCAUCCUGGCUACGUUUAGUCUACGUAACUAUUUUUAUUUUGAUAUUAGCAACUUAACAGACACCCAAAUGUUGAGGCGACGUGUCGCUACAUAUUUAUAUGAUCGUCAUCUUCACUGCAUGCAUAUUUAUAACAAAAUGGAGCCUUUAACAUUACUGCCUCCUUUCAUUUUCAUUGAAAAUAUGAAACACACCCUCUCUUUUGCUGAAUAUCAGUUUUCAAUCAGUUUCACUAAUCAGAACAUCUUAACAGUGCACUAGCAACCAAUCAACCGUUCAACACUUCAUUCUGCAUUCUGAAUGACAUUGCAUCUCUGAGAUAUGCAGUCUCAGCUUGCAAAUCCAAGUCUGCAUCCAGAUUCUAUUGUCUGUAAUCUUGGUUUGCGUUGGGUGUUGUUUCAUGUGUGACCAGAAGAGGGCAGCUGGUGAUUUGGGUUUUGUUUUCAAGCAUCUAAAUAAUCCAUGUAAAACAGCUUAACAUUAUUUCAUACAUUAGAAUAAGCCUUGUUAGAGUUUUAGCGAAAAUAAUAUUUACUGCUAUAUAUUUGACUAUUAGACACCCUCUAGAGCGUCCUUCAUAUUCGAAGAAUCACAUUAUUUUCAGUCAACAUUAAUUAUACAAAUUGCUGACAUGUUAUUUGAUUUAAAGUUGAUGCUUGCUUUGAAUGUUUCUAUAUUAAAUCACUUGUAAAUUUGAUUUAAAGCUGACAACAUAAUAACCAUCUCAUAAUUUUAAUAAAAAUAGCACAAACCAGUGUUUCUCAACCAUGUUCCUGGAGGCCCACCAGCACUGCAUGUUUUGGAUGUCUAUUUUGUCUGUCACAUGCAUUACAGGUUUUUCAGUCUAUUCUAAUGAGCUGAUGACCUCAAUCAGGUGUGUUUGGUUGGGGAGACAAAGGAAAUGUGCAGAGCUGGUGGUCCUCCAGGAACGUGGUUGAGAAACACUGGCAUAAACAACUGAUUUUCAAUGUAUAUCAUACAUAUAAACCCCAUUUGCUGAAGUAAAUCUGUGAAAUGCUGAGAUCUACAGUUUGUUACGCCAUGCUGUUUUAAAGCAAAACUACCUAUGGUUGUAUGUAAGCACUGGUGCAUUGUGGGUAUUUUUGAAUCGUGUGCUCGUCCAUAUUAAUUUCUUGUUUGCGUGCGUAGAUAUUUACAUUAGAUGUCGCCUGCGCUAUUGUUGUCUAUUGGAAGGAAUGCGUCAAUAGAGCCGCUAUAUUAGUACAGGGGAGUGCUCCUUUGAUAUGAAUGUGAGACCAAGGUGCAGUGGAGGACUGGCCAUCGGGAGCCAGAGAUAUACACAUAUAUACAUAUAUCUAUGAAUGGGUGUUUUCCUGGUGAUCAGUGUGCAAAUAUUUGUUUCAAUUACGAAAAAAUGAUCAUUUUACAUCACUUCUCUACAUCGAUGGAUAAGUGAUCGCACAGGCAUUGCCGACAAAGAGUGUGUGUUUGUGUGCAUGGAAAUGUAUUAUCCUCCCUCCCUGUUCAAUCUAAUCUAAUCCAUGUCCUGAAACACAGCCCCUUUCCCACUUUCACUUCUCAUUCUAACAGAGAGAGCGAUGUGUUUGGGAAUGAAUCUCAGUGUUAUGAACGAUGAGUGUGAACCAUUGAUAACCCCGCGUCUCGAUGUGUAUAUAAACAUUCAUUAUCUAAAUCAGGGGUGCCCAAACGUUUUUUCUUUAAAGGGACAAAAAGCAAACUUGACUGAGGGCAAUGCCGAACCGUAUAUCUUAAUUUGCAAUGGUAAUUUUGUAAUUUAUUCAGUAAUAUUUAAAAAUAACGUUGCUUUAAAUCAGAUUAACUAAUGUAGUAUCAUAUUUACCAUUUUAUAUGAAUAUUUUAUUACAGUACAAACAUUAACAAUCCCAUUUAUAACUCAAUGGAGUUCAAUGCUUAAUACAAUAUUCGAGCUGCUCCUGCAUUUACCUUGAUUUGCUCACAGAUGUCUUGUGCAUUUUCCUGUUUGUCAAGUGACAGUAUUUACAUUUUUAAAAGUCUGAUUCAUUUACAAUGUUUAAGUGAUUUGUUUAAUUUCAGUUGCCGUUUUUUGUAGCUCAGCAAUAAUACAAGGGCAAAAAAUGUUAUGUUAAAUUAGGAAUGACGAUCUCUGUUAAAGCGUUCCCCCUAAACACCUCCCCAUCAUUCUUCCUUUCUGUUCAAAUGGGAUGGCGGGUCAAAUAAAAGGUUAGCAUGGGCCAACUUGGUAAUAUUUAACAGUGCUUCCCACACAUAGUCUUUACUUGGGCCGCCCAAGUAUAUUUGAUGACACUUUUUUUACUGUUAUUAUCAUCCUUUUACACUUUUUUUUUAUAUCCGCCCAAUAUAAACAAACGUCCGCGAGCGAUCAAAUCUCGUUUCAUACUGCUCGUUCUGUGUGUGCGAGAACUGUCAACACUCACGUGCUCUGCAGACACACACAGUCCCGCACCUUUUUGCGUCCGGCCGGCGUUUCUAAAUCUACUAAAAUGUCCGGGAUUUAGUUUUGCUUUCGUUUUCUAAGCUGUUGUUAAUUUUUAUGCGCACAAAAGCGAGAGAGACAUUAAAUAAUUAAAUCUUUAAUCUAAAUGACUCCGAAAACCUUUACUAAAUACUCGUCGGGGACGAAAUUACAUCUAAAUUUGCUGCAGAAUAUUUGUAGACCAUUCGAAAUGCGUAAUCAACUCAUUUGUCUAAUUUAAACACGUUCUAUUCUUGUAAUUAUCAUAAUUUUAAGAGAUAUUGUCUGUUUUAUUCCUUUUUUGUGAUUUAUUUCUUAUUUGCUGUAUAUUUUAUUAAUUUGAUGUCGAUUAUAUUAUAUAUUUUAGACAUCUAAAAUGCUUUGGCUAUACUGUUCAAAAUGCCAUGCCAAUAAAGCAACCUGAACUGGAAUGAGAGAGAGAGAGAGAGAAGCAGAUUCUACCUGUCAGGGUGGACAGGGCUCCUGAAUAACAUAAGAGAAACAGUGGAUUUUUUAUGUCAACCGUCUUUUUUUCUUCUUUAACGCAGGGGUAGGGAACCUAUGGCUCUGGAACCACAUGUGGCUCUUUGACCAAAAAUAUGUGGCUCUCCAGCUGUCUCCCUUCAAUAAAAUAUUAAAACUGUCACUAAAAAUGAGUUUCCUUUUGAAAAUACAAUUAAAAUGACCUUCUUGUUGUAUAUUUUACAGCAAAAUGAAUAAGAAUAAAAGGACGUUUCAACCAAUGCGUGCGCGGCGCUGUGGACUAACCUGAAUCGCGACACCAAUAACCUUGAUAUAACCUUGGUAACCUUGAGCCAUAAAAUUCAAACAAUGUUCACGAGUGGUAAAAAGAAAUUGUACAAAUUGUCCUUUAUUAAUACAUGGACUUGCUCAUCAUGUGAUGCUUCAUAUAUAUCCCUCUUUAAAAAGGGAUAUGGCUCUUUAAAAAAAUGCAUUUGCCAAAAAAAUUCAAAAUGGCUCUUUGCUGAAAACAGCUUCCUGACCCCUGCUUUAACGCAUUGAAAAGAAAAAGUUUCAAACGGAUAAUAAUAAAAUAGUGUCAAAUCUAAUUAUGUUUUGUUUGUUGCAUACAGUUAGCUGUUUAUGCACUGUGGGUAAAAGGUGUGUUUCAAUCCGACUACCACCGCAAAUAUAUUUCAAACCUGUGGGAAGCACUGUAUUCAAUCAUUUAGGGUGGACAGUAUGCACAUUGAGGCGCAGGAACUGUUAUAUUAUCAGUCACUUCAAAAACUAGCCGUUGCCUCACUUAGCCGACAAUAAUACAAGUUUCUGGCACCGCAGCGUCUUGUUGUCAUAUUUCAUUAACACUGUUUGCUGAUUUUAUUCAACAAAAUUAGUGAACACCUAGAAUUUAAUUCAAGUUGGUGCUACUUAGCCUCGUGGUCAGUGCAGUGAGUGUAUUAUCAUCAAUAACGUUAAUUGUUUAGCACAAAAGUUCGUAACGUAAAAAACGAAAUCUUACCAAUGAAAGGUUCUACCUUAAUGCUUUGUUUUUGUUUUGUUUGCUUGUUACUACACCCGUACACAGCGCUAAAGUCCAGCUUCCUCAGAUUGCCUUUGGUCUUGACUAGUGCGAUUGAAUGACAUUUGUCCUGGGAGCACUGUACAAAUAUGGCGGCAUUACUGACGCAUGCACAGGGUCCGUAUGCGAUAUCUAGUGUACAUAUCUAUGGUUUGCAUGUCGGAUGUAUUAAUUAGUCCCAUAAUUCCUUUGUAUUUGUGUUUUUAGCUACAUCACCACAGCUGAUGCAGUUAUUUGAAUCUCUAAAUGAUUUGUCUGUUAUCUUUGAAAACCAAUGGCCAACUAAAGAUACGUGUAUGAAUAUAUCCACACGCAUAAUAUUUUGUAAGCCAUUUUGUAUGUAUGAAGAAAACAUUGAGCACAGAUACUAAAAAAAUACCCUGGUUUGUUUUAAUCUGAUUAGUUAGUUGCUUACGGUUGCCUCGUUCUCAUACGAUGACGUAAUAGUCGCGAAGCCCCGCCCCUCUCCUGACAUAAGCCCCGCCCUCUUCUGACAGACUCCUCUAAUAUUUGCGACUCUUUUGGAGCUUUGUAGUAGUUUUUUAAGAUUUGUGCGUGUGUUGUAUGUGACAUGAUGUUCUCGAUGGAAAUGUAUGUCGUUUGUGUUGAUAAACUGCUAUUAUAACUUCAUUUAAAGACAACUUGGAGAAAAAAAAAGGAAAAAAAAAGAAAAACAUUUACUAUACAUGAAUGAGAGAUUGAGCAGUAAGGAAGUAUUUAUGGUGCCUUACAAAUAAAAGAUUCAUUGGACCUUUA